CUUUCCUUAUUUCUAAAUUCCAUGUUAUUAAAUGUUUUCCAUGUUGUCAUGUUAAUGAACGAAUAGUUUUUUCCUCAAUUUAGUUCAUUAAAUUAUUUACUUAAUUUUAAUACGUUAUUAUAAAUAAUGAUGUUCACAAACUAUACAAUCUCAUACACUUGUUUUAUUUAGUCACAUUUAGUAUUUUUUUUUUUUAAUCAUUGUACAAAUUAGUAUGGACGAAGACUGUUCAGUGCUUCAAGAAGAGGAAAGAGAAGCCUUGCUUUCUAUUUAUGAUGGCGAUGAAGCUUUUAAGCAAGUUUCUCCUACUAUUUAUCAAUACAAGUAUGGAGAAGAUAGUGAUAAUAAAUCCUUUCUAUUGGAGGUUGAAUGGCACAUCAAUUAUCCGAAUGAAGCACCUAAAAUAAAUUUAGAUAUGUUCUACAAUAAACACAUAGUAAGUUCAGUUAAAGAAAAUAUUAAAGAUAAAAUUUCAAAAGAAGCUGACCAUUAUUUGGGAGAAUCUAUGACAUUCACCCUUUUUGAAUUUCUGAAAGAUUUUGCUGAAGAACUCGUAGCUGAUCAACCAGAUAAAGAAGUUAUUGAAAGUAUAACUAAACUUUCAAUAGAUGAUGACGAAUCUGCAAAAAAGACAACAAAGAAAGAAAUUAUGAGCAAAGCUCAAAAGAGAAAACAAUGGGAUCGUUUAGAUUCAAAAGGAGAAAAACCACGGGGAUAUGAUUGGAUAGAUGUUGUUAAACAUUUAUCACAAACAGGAUCAUCCAAGGUAGAAAUAUCUACAUAAUUAAGUUUAAUAACACUGUGAUAUGAAUUAUGAAUUUGUUGUUGUUGUGAAAAAUAUAUUUUCAUUUACAAUAUUAACA